CAAAGACCGUCGUUAGGCCCAGGCUAGCCUAGGCCUAGAUUCUAGAUUGGGUUUGGCAAUGGAAUUCUUUUUGAACAUGAUCAGGUUGCCCUCGUUAAAUUAAGCCUAUUCUUGGAUAUUUUAAGUUUUAGCCUAGAAAUCUAGUGUUCUGACUUUCUCGUAAAAUCUAUCUAGAUUUUGGAAGGACAUUUUUUUGGGAACAGUUUAGAACAUGUUAUUUUUGACAAAUUCAAUAAAGACUGUUCCAGAUACAUUAAAUAUGUGGAAGUACAGGAAACACUCAGAUCUGUUUUCAAGGAUAGGCCUAUUCGGUUCAAAGCGAAAGUAUGAAACUGAAACAGUUUUUUCCAGUGUCAACCCAAGAGAUGCGUCUUCAAUUUUUGGCGAGUCCUACACCGGAGAUAGGGAAAUAGGCCUAGAUCUAGAUCUAGAUCUAGAUCUAGUGAAUGUGGAAAUCCUAAGCACAUCAAGUUAUGAGGAAAAUCCUAUAUCAUUCCUCGAGUUGUUUCAGGCCACAGCAGAUGGUGACACAGAAAAAAUUGGCCAACUUCUCCUUGCGUUCCCCACUCGGAUCAACAUUCCAAACUCCCAAGGCAACUACUUGAUACAUAUUGCGAUCGAUAGCAACAGACCUGACGUUUUGUCAUUUCUUCUAUCCAAAGGAGCAGAUGUCAACGUGACUGAUCAAGAUGGGAAGACUGCGUUGCAUCACGCUGUGGUGGAGCAAAGUCCGGAAAUGGUAGGUAUACUGGUGUUGAGGAAUGCACGCACAGAUAUCAAGGACAUUCACAACCGGAUGCCUUUACACACUGCUGCCGAAGUAGGGAAUGUGACGAUUCUAGAGCGACUCCUCCCGCACUACGUGAACCCUAAUAUGGAGGGGGACGGAGGCUAUACGGCGCUGCACUAUGCGGCCUCCAGGGACUGUGCUGAUGCUGUGCGCUUUUUGAUUAAGAAGCAGUGCCUCCUUUCAGUAUUCAGCGAGUGCAGAGACUUCCCCAUUCACGUCGCCGGGAAGACUGGCUCUGCUAAUGCCGUGCGGACCAUUCUUGAGGAAUGUCAAUGUCAAGGCUUCACCAAGGAGGGUAUUCUACGACUCCGUGACAGAGAGCGCAAUAUGCCGAUCCAUUCAGCAGUGAAUGGAGGAAGUAUUGAGGCUGUGAAAUGUUGUCUCCAGAUGGGCUCUUCACUGAUCUGUAAACAGGAAGACGGCUGGACCCCCCUGCACUUUGCAGCCAUGCAGGGCAACUUGGACAUGGUGGUAGCGAUGUACAACGGACAGACGGAGGAGUUUAGGAGUGCUGUGUGCAUCGUGGACGGUCUGCGCAGGACCCCGCUACACUGUGCCACGCUCUUCAACCACACCGCUGUCAUGAAGUUUCUCCUCGACAAAGGUGCCAACAUCAACGCGGUAGACGACAAUCAGUUCACUCCCCUCCUGCUGGCAGCCUCCAAGGGCAAGCUCGAGGCUACCAAGAUGCUCAUCAACUAUGGGGCGGACACGACCUUCAGGGACCGAUGGAACCGGAACCUCUUCCACUUGCUCAUUUUGUCCAACAAAGUCAUCGAGGAUCUGAGCGGCUGUGUGAAGGGUGUGAAAAAGCUGUACCUGUGGCUGGGCGAGAAAGAUCGCAAUGGGUGCACGGCGCUGCACUACGCGGCCCGCUACGGGAACCUCAGCGCGGUGUCUGCUCUCCUCAGCAUGGGCGCCUCUCUCUUCUCCAAAAACUUCCAGAAGCAGUCGCCUUUCCACGUGGCUGCCAUGUACGGUCGGAGAGGCAUUUGCAAGCUCAUGCUGGACACUGCCUUCGCUGUCAGCCUGAAGAACGAACCGGACGGGAAAGGACUGACCCCGCUCCACCUGGCUGCGCAGAACGGCUACACCAAGAUCGUCUCGAUGCUCAUGGAGAGGGGAGCUGUGGUGGGCAGGGACCACAAAGACAACACACCUCUCCACCUCGCGGCCUUGAACGGGCGAGUGGACUGCGUCAACAUCUUGCUCAACUUGCAGAUCAACCUCAUUGACUCUGGCAACAACUCUGGGAACACAGCUCUUCACUUUGCUGCCUCCAACGGGCACACGGAGAGCGUCUGCAUCUUGCUGUCCCACGAUGCCAAGAUCACGCGUAACGACGACCAUCGCUGUUUCUACGACGACAUCAUCACCCACCAGCACGCCGAGACUGCUGCGGCUAUUGUGGCUCAUGAGAGAUGGCGUGAAAUCUUGUCGUACAAGUCUGCAGUAUACGGCUCAUUCCUCAUUGGCCUCAUUCAGAAGUUACCAAGCGUUUGUCAGAUUGUGCUGGACCGCUGUGUGGAGGUUGUGGAGGUCAGGAAAGGUGACACUGAGGAUCAUGCUAUUCGUUACAACUUUGAUUACCUCAACAUGCAAAACGGCUUUAAGACUUUCGCCAAGUUGAACAAGCUUUCUUACAAGGCAAUGUAUCCCUUACAGGAAAUGGUGACGUUCAACAGAGUGGAGUGCUUGUCACAUCCCUUGUGUGUUCGCUUUCUGCGUAUGAAAUGGCGGAAGUACGGCUUGUUCAUCCACUUCUUCGACAUGACCUUCUAUUUGCUGUUCUUGGCAUGCCUGACCUGCUUUGUGGUGACUGUCGACUCCCGCUUCCACACCGAUCAGCUCUAUCCCUUCGAGAAUUUCAAUACAUUUAUGACGGCGACUUACGCAAACAACAGGACGGACGGCAUCGCAGGAACGGAGCAUUUCCUGCACUAUGGCGAGAUUUAUUAUCAUAUCUUCCCCGAGAGUAUCCGCAUAAUGCAUAUCUACAUUAUGACUUACUGUUGUGUCUGCAUGUUCAAAGAAAUGUUUCAAAUUUUUGCAAUGCACCACCACUAUUUCACACAGCCGAUCAACCUGGUGGAGUGGGUAGUGUACCUGAGCUCCGUGCUGUUUAUCCUGCCGUUUCUGUUCGGGUAUUCCACACACCUGCAGUGGGCGGCCGGGGCUGUGGCCAUCUUCUUUGCCUGGUUCAACUGCCUGGUGUCCUUGCAGAGGUUUGAUCUGUUUGGCAUCUACGUGGUGAUGUUCUUGGAGAUCAUGAAGACGCUGGUCCACGUGGUGUUCGUCUUCUCCUUUCUCAACAUCGCGUUUGGCCUGGCCUUCUAUGUGCUCCUCUCAGGGGAGAAAAACGAAGCCCACAGCAGUCCGUCCAUGUCGGUGUACAGGACCCUAAUCCUCCUCCUAGAGAUUGACUUCAUCAACACCUUCAACCGCCAGUACCAUGACACCAGCUCGCAUUCUCUGCACUUUGACCGCCUGACCUAUUUCUUCCUGGCAGUCUUUAUCUUCCUGAUGCCCAUACUUUUGAUCAACUUGCUGAUCGGUUUGGCGGUGGGUGACAUUGAGUCUGUUCAGAGAGGAGCCCGACUGAAGCGCCUGGCCACACAGGUCAAAUUCCAUGCUGAGAUUGAGGACAGGUUCGGGUUUCUGGAGAAAUUUUCUGAUGCAGUGGUGGAAGUGAGGCGUGACAAGACGGAUAGUGUUUUCAAUGAGUUCUACUCCAAGACCAAUCCGACUAAACUGGAUGGGAAGGAGCCUGUGACAGAUGAGACUUCUUCCCUGGGACAAGAGCUGAAAAUACAGAAGGCUAUGUUGAAGCAGAUCCAGACGAGUCUGGACAGUAAUCAGAGACUGAUGAGCACCAUGUUAGACCGACUCGAUGGGAACGGAAACACCAAGGCGUGGGAUGAAGGGGCAGACCACAGUGUGUCAGCUAUGAGUGUUGGCGACAGCAGCCUCUCUGAGGAGAUCAGAUUUGGGUAGCUGGACUUUUCACAGAGUGUCAACUCCUGAAAUUUUGUGUCCAGUCAUGUGUGUUUUGGGGCUGUUCAAAUAUAAUCUUACACCUUUUUGGGGACUUUUUGCCUCCCCC